AUCAAUAGUCACUAUGUUUUUGUAUCUCGCAUUAAAUGUCAAACUUUCCGCUUUUCGAGGCAGUAGUAUAAUUUCACUUCCACAUGCGUAAUCCACUUUCACGAAACCGGUAUUGUGGUAUACUCGAUCUGUCGUGAACCUGGCGCUCUCGACGAAGCUCGAAUUUAUAAUAUAAAACUGGUCAGCCAAUUAAAAUCGCGGCCGCGAAAUUCUGACCUUCACGACAACAACCUGGCUGUUUUUACAAGAUUGUUUUGUCUCUCGGGCUAGAAUUUAUAGUGUACGAUAGUGUGGACGUGUGAAGCAGGUGCGAAACGAUCUUAUGUGAUACUGUGCGUUGAGCCAAGGACGAAGAAGGCGGAAAAAAAAGGAAGGGACUCUCGGUGGAAUUUCUCGAGCCAACUUUGCGAAACGAUCAAAAUGGGAACGUGUUGGUUCGCAAUAUGGCUGCUCCUCGUCUGUUUUAUCGGUGAUGCGCGACCGCAAUACAGAGAUAAGAACAUAAACGAUUGUCCAAACUGUGUGGACGAGCAUAGCGGCAGCUUGGCGGCCUCAAGAUGGACGAUGCCUCUGUUGAAGCUAGGAGAGAAGAGAUACUAUCUGGGGAUCUUCUUCAAGGCAAACUGGUACAGAGCUUCGCAAUAUUGCCGUUAUCACGGAAUGCAUCUGGCAAGUAUAGCUUCACAGGAGGAGAACGACAGGCUUGAGAAGCAUAUCAAGGACUUCGGUCUUGGCCAUGAACACUUUUGGACGUCCGGCACCGAUCAGGCUGAGGAAGGAACCUUCUUCUGGAUGGCGAACGGCAGGCCGAUCACGUUCGAGAAUUGGAACGUCGGCGAACCGAAUAAUUUCCGAUACGAGAAUGGCGAAGAAGAGCAUUGCCUGGAGCUCUGGAACAGGGACGGCAAAGGGCUCAAGUGGAACGACAGUCCCUGCAGCUUCGAGACUUUCUUCGUCUGUGAAGUGCAGUGAUGAGUUUGCGCGAACGGUAAAGGAAAGGGAGGAAGUACACGUGCGAGUGAGCAUUUGCGCGACUCGUGACGUGUUCUCAGGAUGAUCCUCGAGAAAGCUGCAUUCUCGUUGGUCAUCCGUUUGUUUUGGAGGACUUAACAAGGGAGAAAGAGAGGGAGAGAAAGAGAGAGAAAUUUGAAAUGUGACAUGUGCGCUCGGACUGAAAACUACGCGCGAUUAGCCGGUAGCUACCGUUGUCACGUUUUCCGCAUCCGGCAUUUACGUGUGCGUGAAACGACAUCCAGUUCAGUCAGUUCUUUCCGUAAAAGUAUCACCAGGCGACAUACCUAGUGUCGGAUAAAUCCGCACUGUCAGAUGAUAAAAACGAUUCGCUCAUCUUUUGUGCAGAAGCGGUUCUAAACGCGCGGAUGUAGUUUAUAUGCAAUAUAAUUUGGGUUUUUACGUACUUUUUUAAAGGUCU